AUAACUAGUAAGAAAAAUAAUAAUAAAAAAAAAUCCGAAAAUGGGAAGUGCAAGCAGAGUGUUACUCUGUAAAUCAUCAUCCUCACUCGUUUUCUUCGGACCAGCUGUCUCUUGCUCUCAACUAAGAUUCAAAUCCUUCUCUCCGUCACCGAUAAACCCUAGAGUUCACAAUCAACAUCAUCGUAUGGCCACCGAAGCUUCGCCAUCUUCUUCUUCCGUCACAAACGGUGAUAAUAACGUUCACCCUCCGGCAAAUGAUGGUGCUGCUUCUCCGCCUGCUGCUUCUGCUAUUGAUUUUCUCUCUUUAUGUCACAACCUUAAGAAAACGAAGAGAGCUGGAUGGGUGAAGAGAGAUAUAAAGAAUCCAGAAUCAAUUGGUGAUCAUAUGUAUCGAAUGGGAUUAAUGGCUCUUAUUGCUCCUGAUAUUCCUGGCAUUGAUAGAGACAAGUGUAUAAAAAUGGCCAUUGUUCAUGAUAUUGCAGAAGCUAUUGUUGGAGAUAUUACCCCUUCAGAUGGGGUACCUAAGGCAGAGAAAAGCCGACAAGAGCAGGAAGCUUUAGACCACAUGUGCAAAUUACUAGGAGGAGGGUUGAGAGCCCAGGAAAUAUGUCAAUUAUGGAUGGAGUACGAGGAGAAUUCUUCACCAGAAGCCAAAAUUGUGAAGGACUUUGACAAGGUGGAGAUGAUACUUCAAGCCUUAGAAUAUGAAAAUGAGCAAGAGAGGGAUUUGGAUGAGUUUUUUCAAUCAACUGCCGGGAAGUUUCAGACCGAAGUGGGCAAAGCAUGGGCAUUAGAAAUAGCAUCAAGAAGAAGAAGAAAGGGGCAUUAGUUUCGACCUUGUCGGGUAUCUUUUGCUCUUGAAACUUUACUUCUUGAAUUCCGUGGAUUACGUAAGUAGAUUCAAUCAGUAAUACUGAGAAUAUGUUGACCAAAGGAAUAAAGAUUAAAAAGUUACGAAAAUUCUUAAUUUUUUUUGAAUCUCUAUAUUUGCCUCUUGUUUCUGAUUUUACUUAAACAUCUUCAGUGCCCAACUAGCCAUGCAGGUCACUGGUGAUUCUAUUUUCUUUCUUUUAUAUUUUAUUGUUUUCCAGUUAUUUACUUCUAUAUGUCAGAUGCUCGAUAUAAGAUUUGACCAGGUUUUGAGGAACAAAA